GUAUGGCAUCGGGAGAGCACGAAGGGUGCGAGUACGAAUGAGAAGCGUGGGGGAGGCGCUGGGCACCCAUGGGAGGAGCAUGGAGGGUGCUGCUGGGCAGCCGAGGGGGGCUCUGGAGGGGAAGGCAGUGCCCUGACGCCUGCUGUCCUGCCCCAGCCUGGCUGGGCGAUGGCGAAGCCUGGACACACCUGGAACCGUAGUCGGUCGUUGGAGGAAGAUGAGGAUGAGGAGGACCCGGUGGACGCCAUGAUCUCACGGACGGGCUGCAUGGCACAGCACCGGGAGCUGCAGGAGUGCAUGGCAGCGCGGCAGGACUGGCGGCACUGCCAGCCCCAGGUCCGGGCUUUCGGCGAGUGCAUGGCCCGGCGGCAGCGUGCCAAGGAACCGCACCGGGCAUCCGACUCGCACCAAGCCCACCCCUCGCCCACCGGGGACUGAAAUCACCGGGCCUCCCUGCCCCGGCUCCCGGCCAGCCCACCAUCGGCACCCCAGGAACGGGGCAGCUGCGGCAUUUGGCCCUUUUUUGAUGUUAUUUUUCAUACAAGGGGGCAGAUGUGCCAGUAAAUCCAUGCUACAUUGUUGGGAAAUUAAAUCCGGUGGUGUUCGUUAUCCUGGA